UCGGGCGAAGGCGCCGUCGCUGUGAGAGCCUUCCCGAGGAGGGCGCGUGACGUCAGCAUGAAGCCCCUGGUCGGGGCGUCAUCGGUGCUAGAUGGCAUCAUGUUCUAGCCUCCCCGCCUCCAGCCCGGCUGGGGAGUUAAAUACCUCUGGAAAACCCCUUCAGCAGGGCAGGAUGAGGCUACAUGCAUCCCGAUGCACCAUGCUACUGUCUGUUGGAUCUCUUUGUAAUCCCCACCCUGAAUCAGCAGAUACCGGGACCCCCAGCCUGGCUAUAUAGCUGCUCAUCCCCCACUGGAGGAAGAAAAAAAAAGGAGACCCCAAGCAGAAUCAGGGACAUGGCCAAAUCUUACGACCACCUCUUCAAACUCCUGCUCAUCGGGGACAGUGGCGUGGGCAAGACCUGCCUGAUCAUCCGUUUUGCCGAGGAUAACUUCAGUGGCACGUACAUCAGCACCAUUGGGAUCGAUUUCAAAAUUCGUACAGUGGAGAUCGAAGGCAAGAGAAUCAAACUUCAGGUUUGGGAUACGGCUGGACAGGAACGCUUCAAAACCAUCACCACGGCAUAUUACAGGGGAGCCAUGGGGAUUAUCCUCGUAUAUGACAUCACUGACGACAAAUCCUUCGAGAACAUCCAGAAUUGGAUGAAGAGCAUCAAAGAGAAUGCUUCUGCUGGCGUUGAGCGCCUUUUGCUAGGGAACAAGUGUGACAUGGAGGCCAAGCGCAAAGUGCCUCGAGAUCGAGCAGAAAAGCUGUCAAAGGAGCACGGGAUCCGGUUCUUUGAGACGAGUGCCAAAUCCAGCUUGAACGUGGAAGAGGCCUUUACUACACUGGCCAGGGACAUCCUUCUGAAAUCAAGCAAGAAAUCGGGUCAGAGCAACAAGGGACCCUUGGAUCUGAAAGGAUUGCAGAAAAGCAGCAGUAAAUGUGCCUUGGUGUAGCAGCCGGCCGCUCAGAAGCUGCGGUUUGCUACUCUGUGGCAUCCCGGGGCCUUGGCAUCGGGCACCAGAGUGCCAAUUCUCCCUUCCACUCCAGGUGCCUCUUCCCCCCCAGGCAGCACAGGAGGCUCAUUUUCUCUUGAUAAAACCUCAGAGCUUGCAAGCCAGUUUAGGGCUGGAUCCCAGAUGCUGGCAGCAGGCAAGGUUCCGAGGCUGGGACGCCCCCCCCCCCAUACACACAAGCACACACACUCAUAACACUCAACUUCCUUUCUAAUUUUUCAAUAUUCCCGCAAAUAAAUAUUGAGGGGACAGAGAACUAGGAUGGAGAACGAUUUAAACAGCGGGGGAAUCACUGGGGGAGAAUCAGCCCCCAUAGGGCCAUAACAUAGCAGGCUGCAAACGAACUCCCAGAAUUUCAGGAGCAUUGCGGGAUGCUGCUCGUCUCUUCCCUAAGCCAGCCUGAGUACCUUCCUGCCUCUCGGCAUGACACCUUCACACUACAACGCUAGCGGGAGAAUUCGUUCACACUACAGUGAGACUGUGUGCUGUACAGUUCAUAGGAAAGACUCUAAGCCACCUCAAGGUCCUCUGGGGAAGAGGGGCAAACUGCCUCUGCCCUAGAAGUUCUCUCUUCGGUAUGCCCACGUGGAAUUCUCGAAACAUGUACGUUGGCAUUCUGAAAGAAUAUAACUGCAGACGUGUCUCUCACUUUCCUUUUGUAAUUCUUGAACAGUAUUAAAUAUUUGCAAUGA